AUGGCUUCUGUAAGUGUCGUCCCUGCUUCUGGAUUGCGAGAUACAAGUGGAAACACAGCUGGUGUUGAUAAGUUACCUGACGAGAUGAAUGACAUGAAAAUUAGGGAUGACAAGGAAAUGGAAGCAACUGUGGUUGAUGGUAAUGGGACCGAGACAGGUCAUAUAAUAGUCACAACUAUCGGUGGGAAAAAUGGCCAGCCAAAGCAGACAAUAAGCUAUAUGGCUGAGCGUGUUGUCGGGCAUGGAUCUUUUGGAGUAGUGUUCCAGGCUAAAUGUUUAGAGACUGGUGAAACUGUUGCUAUUAAAAAGGUUCUGCAAGAUAAAAGGUAUAAGAACAGGGAGCUUCAAACCAUGCGUCUUCUAGACCACCCUAAUGUAGUGUCUCUGAAACACUGUUUCUUCUCAACAACUGAAAAAGAUGAACUCUAUCUUAACCUGGUACUUGAGUAUGUCCCUGAGACCAUCCACCGAGUGAUCAAACACUACACUAAGAUGAGUCAAAGGAUGCCAUUAAUAUAUGUCAAACUUUAUUCUUAUCAGAUUUGUAGAGCUCUUGCUUACAUUCACAAUAGUAUUGGAGUGUGCCAUAGAGACAUAAAGCCCCAGAAUUUAUUGGUGAACCCACAUACACACCAAGUGAAGCUAUGUGACUUUGGAAGUGCAAAAGUUUUGGUUAAAGGAGAACCAAACAUAUCUUACAUAUGCUCUAGGUACUAUCGAGCACCCGAACUUAUUUUUGGUGCAACUGAGUACACAACUGCUAUUGACAUCUGGUCUGCAGGAUGUGUUCUGGCUGAAUUACUGCUUGGACAGCCUCUCUUUCCGGGUGAGAGCGGAGUAGACCAACUUGUUGAAAUUAUAAAGGUCCUGGGUACCCCAACAAGGGAGGAAAUUAAGUGCAUGAAUCCUAAUUACACUGAGUUCAAAUUUCCUCAAAUUAAAGCUCACCCAUGGCACAAGAUAUUCCACAAGCGCAUGCCUCCUGAAGCUGUUGACCUUGUCUCAAGAUUAUUACAAUACUCUCCAAACCUUCGAAGCACAGCUCUGGAAGCUUUGAUCCAUCCUUUCUUCGAUGAGCUACGUGAUCCCAACACCCGUUUACCAAAUGGACGCUUCCUUCCACCACUGUUCAAUUUUAAGCCUCAUGAGCUGAAAGGAAUUCCAGUUGAGAUGCUUGUCAAGCUGAUACCAGAGCAUGCAAGAAAGCAGUGUGCCUUCCUUGGGUUUUGA